AUGGACCUUAUAUGCGCACCAAUCAACUACUUUAGAUGUCAUCCCUCCAAAAAGACUAAAGCCUCAGCAGUGUCAACCUUCCACUCUACCUCUCAACCAGCUACAUCUGGUGUCAUCCCUGGCUGGUCUUCCAUUGUGGAAGCUAGCGUGCCAAAUCACAACAAGAAACCUGCUUUUCCCUACGGAAAAAUAGCUCAGCAUUCGCAGCCAGCUCCAAACAGCCGGUCCGCAGAUUCAUGCACAUCAGGCAGGAACACCUCAGUAAAUCCCUUCUCAGGACUCGAUGAUCAUCCUGAUCUCUCCGAUGUUCCUCCAGAUGUCGAAAUCACCAAGGCACAGAAGCCAAUUAUUUCUGUAGGUCGCGUCAAUUUGUUUCAAACUGUCACCUUAUCUCAGAUGGAGCAGAAAUCGUCAUCUCAAAGAGCUCCAACAUGUGGUGUUUCGCCUCAAGGCAGUGUAGGGGAGGCACAGAGGCAAACAAGUACUGAUUACAUACCAGAAUGGCCUGCCACCUUGUCAAGCGUGUCGAAGGAGCAAGAAGAUCAAGUAUGGCCUGAUCCGUCUCCAAGUGGUGCAGAUAGGACAUCGUCACAGAGCUUAUCACAGAGCAAGACACAAGGAACCACACGACAGACAGUGCCACUGUCACUUUUUUGCUUCGCUGUACCACUUGAUUCUUCUUCUGAUGAUGCCCCAUCGUCCACUCAGUUCAAGAACAGAGUCAACAGUGACUCUAAGUUCAGGUCCGAUGUUGACAUGGACGCCCCAACAUCUGCCCAGCCUAGCAAGAGAUCCAAAGUCAACCCAGAACCCAGCUCCGAUCACGAUAUGGAUCGCAACAUUGAGGGUCCCAAUGAUAUUAACGAUAAGCCCAGCGAUGUUGAUGAUAAUGCUAGCGAUCAGAGUGAUACUCUUGUGAAGGAGAAUAGGGAUGUCAGAAUGGAUGACGGGGAAGACUGUGACUUGAGGCGCAAGGACAGGAACAGCCGCAAAACUAUAGAGCAUAAAAUACAACUUAAACCCAAUUCUUCCAGGCAACGUAGUGUCCAGUCCCUCAAGCACUAUGCCUUCAAGACACGUAUUCAAAUUUUACAAGAGAAGCUCUCCACAAAUAGCGCCCAGUCGAAGGGUAUGAUGGCCCUCACCAUUGCUAAGACAUCAUCCACAACUAACACCAAGUCAAAGCAGAAGUCUUCAAUGCAACGUGGACUAGCAACCUGCGAGGCUGAUGACGAUGCCACAGACCGUGAUAAUGACAUGGACUUUGAUGGAAGUGGCAGCACCACUCAUGUACAAGGAAAGGUGCACCGCUGUAAACACCAACCAAGCCAAAAAUUUCGGAAUGAGGAUCUUCCACCUGGGACAAUUCGUCAUUUUAGGACGGUUUUUAUGCCGAUGUGGUUCAAGCUCAUUGCACGAUUUGAAGAGCCUUGGGAUAUAGCAGAUCGAGUUCCAGAUGCGCAACAACUUUGGGACUGUUGUUUUACAGGUCACUCGCACACCCUCCAGAAGAAGAAUGAUCCGGUGUUCUUCCUAGUCAAGCAACGCCCGUACGACUGGCGCAGCAUGUUCGCAACAUGUGGCGAAAAGGCUGUGGCGGCCUUCAUCUCACGGCAGGUCACAGGCUUCAAUACACCCGUUGAAAUUGAAGCAUACGUUGAAUGGGCCGUCCCCCAAACUCAGGCCUUUCAUGAUUAUGAAGGCAGAGGAAAUGCUCCACCUCCGAUCUUCCCAUUCAUGUGGGCCAAUGUUGAUGAGAGCGACGCUGAGAAUCCAAUAGGGAAGGGGCCGUUUCAGCAUGAGACAAUCCUCGAUACAUUUGCCUUCUAUCUCGAAAGUAUAGCUGCAAUCCCUGACGGCCUCUGGAAGACCUCAUCCCCAAAAGCUGCACUUGCCCUCGCAACUGUCGCAGUUGAGAGAGCAUGGAAGCAAUGGGCUACAGGUGAAUUAGUCCAGGACUCAUUCAAUGAUAAAUUUUUGUCGGCGAUGUGGAAUCUUCCAACACAAGAGAUCCUUGAAUCCAUCGACAAACUCAAACCUCACACAUGGACGAAAAUACUCGAAGGAGCUGCGCACUUCAUUGGAGCCCAUAAGCCGAAGUCCAUACGCAUUCAACAAUGUUACACAGGUGGAGCAGGAUUAUCAGGAAGGGCCUUAUGUUACGAGUCCAAGUAG